CCCAUUCUGAAUUCUCUGAGCUGCACUGAAGAUUCUCCCGCCCAGUUCUGAAUUCUGAGCUCCACCCGAAGACAUGGAGACCGGGAAUAAACCGACGAAUGGGAGUAACAACGAGUCGUUGAAAAUGGCUGUAGCUAUGGCGCUUAUUCGAUUAAAGCUUUCGCACACUAACCACUCUCAGCCGCCCCAGUCGUCUUCAUCUUCUGCCCCUCUAUCAGACGUUCUGAAAUGGAAGAGAAAGGCCAAGGAACGCAAGCUAGAAAUUGCUAGACUCAGAGAAGAACUCAGAGUCUCAGAAGACGGUAUGCAGCAGGAUAUAUUUCCGCAUGGUGCAUUGUGCAAGUGCUACUUCUUUGAUAAUUUGGGCCAAUUGAAUCCUAUUAGAACUGGAGAUGACAAUGAUCAGAGAUUCAGUGACGUCUUGCACCGUAGCUUUCUCAGACAAGUUAGAAUAAAUGAGAGAAAGAGAAGGUUGCCUGAAGCUUCAAAAGGAAGAGAAUAUGUGUCAGAAUAUAGUAAUGAUGGUGAAAUUGAGAAACUACGGGCUUCUGUUGAUUUUCUAGUGGAGACAUGCCAUGCUCUUUCUCAAGCCAGACUGGAUGAGUGUAAAUUCAAAAACUGGUCUCACCAAGCUGUAGACUUUAUUCUUGAUGCGGUGAAGACCACAUCGGCAAUGGGAGUCAAUUUUCCUGUUGAAGAUGUUGUAAGUAGCUUAAUUACGCGCCUAAUGAAAAUCAUGUGCAGUGCAACAAAAGGAGAUGAAGAUCAAGCAGGGACUGAUGUAAGGUUCUACGUUCAGCAUUUAAUGCGAAAACUUGGAAGUGACUCUUCCAUUGGGCAGUGUAUACUCCUUUCUGCUUCUCAGAGAAUUUCUUUAGUUGCUGAAGGGUUGCUCUUCAUGGAUCCGUUUCACAAUGCCUUUCCAGAUAUGCACCACUCUAUGUACCUGUUGAUCCAGCUCAUUGAGUUUCUGGUGUCAGAUUACCUACUAACCUGGUCAGCCAGUGAAGACUUUGACAUAAGGCUUUUUGAAGAAUGGGUAGUGUCAGUUCUGCGAGCAAGGAAGGGGCUGGAACUACUGGAAUGCAGGAUUGGGCUUUAUGUGUUGUACAUGGAUCGUGUGAUUGGACUUAUGUCUAAACAACACGCUCUCUCCAUGCGGACUUGGUGCAGGGUUAGUGAGUGGUCAGGAUAGUAACGAUGGUGUGGAGGCUGACGAGAGGUGGUGCUAGGGAGUGGUGGUCACCGGCAGAAAGACAGUGGUGUCGGCGGUGGUCACAUGUUGGAUGGUGGUGGUCACUGAAUUUAUGCUGGAAAGCGAUGAUCACUGUGUUGGAGUCACUGUUGCUGAAAUCAUUUAGUCACAUUGUGAUGUUGGUCACAAUUUUGGAAAAUUAUAAAACAUAUCACUUUUUGUCUUUUUUCUUCUUUUUAGUAAUACCGAGGCCAAAAGGCCUUUUAUUAAAACAUGUAACUUACCACAAUCUUGCUGCCAAUGAUGGUCAGAAAUGGAUCCCCAAGAUCUUAUUUCUUUAAGUAAGUUACCAACACUGAAAGUAACACUUUAAUAGUAGUG